AAGAGUCUCACUCAGAGGGUGGAGACUGGCUGGCAGUCUGAAUUUUCCCCCAGUUUCACUUUCUGUGCUUAGGCUUGUUUUGGGAUUGGCUAGUGACUCAGCCUGGUGUGUUGGUGUGAGACUCCUCACCAAGUCACUGCAGAAAUGAGGAAGUGUUGGAUCCCCGAUGUUCAGUACAGUCAGAACCUUUCCGAGGAGCAGGUUGUGAAGGGGCUGCUAACCGCCUGGCAGGUGCUGUUUCCUAGACGGCAGAGCCACCAGGGGUGAAGCGCAUGGCUGCAGAGGCUGGGCUCUUGCCUGUGCCCUGGGAAGGACAAGUUGCCCAUUAAGCGAUGCUGAAAGCCAUUGUGAUCACCGAGCAGCCAGUCUCUGCCUCCGUCCCUGCCGGUUACUCUCUCACUCUGCGAUGUAGAGCGGAGGCCUGCACUUCCCUGCGGUAUCAGUGGUUCUCCCAGCUCCAGUCUGCUUGCUGCCAAAUUACUGGUGCCACCGAGCCAGACUUGCUCAUCACUGCCAGAGAAACCCAACUGUACAUCUGCAGGAUCAACGACUUGCAAAGAAACUUCACCUUCUCUAACUGGGUGAAAGUGGAGGUCCAUCAACGUAUUGCCAGAGACCUGCUCCCAGAACUGUGGCAAGGAGAACCAGUCAUAGUCAUCAACCCAACUGUGUUGGAGGUGAAAGUGGGCAAGGAACUACAGCUCCAGUGUGCAGCCCUGGGUAUCCCAGCUCCACACUACCAGUGGUAUCACAAUGGGAAACCCAUGGAGGAUCAGAAGAAGAAGAAACUCUUGAUCAACUCUGCAAAGGUCAGUGACUCUGGCACAUACCUUUGCUGCGCAGCCAAUAGCCACGGAGAACACUGGACCAAUGCGGUGGACGUUCAUAUAGGUACGUGUUGGCCAGAUACAUUCUUUGCAACUGACAAGGUGGCACUUUUGGUGGGCAACAACCAUUACCAGAAUCAUCCUAACCUGAUGGCUCCCAUCACAGACGUGUUUGAACUGAGCCUUCUUCUAAAGAAACUGGGCUUCCGGGUGGUUUCCCUUCUGGACCUGAACAAGGUGGAAAUGAUGAUAGCAGUGAAUCAGUUCCUGCAGCUCCUAGGGAAAGGGGUCUAUGCCAUAUUCUACUACGCCGGGCAUGGAUAUGAACAUUCGGGGAGAAACUACAUGGUUCCUAUUGAUGCUCCACAGCCCUAUGCCCCUGAGAACUGCAUAAGCGUGCAGAGGAUACUACAUAAGAUGCAGCAGAGACAGACAGCUCUCAAUCUCAUCUUGCUGGACACCUGUCGGAAAUGGUAUAACCCACAGUGUGCACUGUCGCAGGUGCAGCCACUGGAGCCCUGGGGGAACACGGUUUAUGGCUACGCCACGAGUGAAGAUGCAGAAGCAUAUGAAGUGCAAGAUGGAGAGUUCAGCUCAGGCAUCUUCAUGAAGUACCUGAAGAAGCAUAUUCUUCAGGAGAAGAAGGUUACACAUAUGCUGGAGGAUGUGUUGGAAGACAUCGGCCGAGACCCCUUGGUUACAGGGAAGCAGGUGAUGGAGAUCAAGCAUACUCUGAAGGAAGCUCGGGCCUUGACAGACCCCAUCUACCCCACUGGACUGACUGCGGUGCUUUGGGGACACAGCUGUGAGCUGCUGCGGGAGACGGUGACCUUCCCAUGUGGCAUCCAGGUGGAGCUCCGCUUCCGGGAGGUUUUCUCCAAUGUCAUGCACGUGUCUGCUAAGCUGCAGGCACCCCCGCCGCACAUUGCUGACGUCCGGCUUCUGCUAUGCAGGCCUGCGGAGAUGCAAGAUCUGGCAGUGCUGCGGGGCAGCCAGUCUGACCAAGUAGAGUCACUGCUCACCUCUCUAUCAGAGCAUGAGGAACUGGACUGUGUGCUCCGGCUCUGUGGUCUACAGAAAGUUCAGACUGAUGUGUUACUGCAGCUGGAUUUGCACUAUACUCAGCUGGGCACCAAGCAGAGGGCUCGUGAGAGUCUGCGGAAAAUCCUCAGGAAGUCACUGGUAGCACAACUGUUCAGCCAGAAAAAGUGUGUUAUUCCACCCCACCAGGAGGCAUCAAAACCUACUUCCAGCUCAUAUCCCAAGGAUGGAUCAAUGGUACCUGCAGCGCAGAAGGGGCUAGCAUCGCUGGAAGUGGAGUCCGGGAGCAGCUCGCAGUGCAGCAGCCAGUCGAACACGUGCAGUGAGCCCGAGGAAAACGAUGAGAGUGACCUGAGCAGUCUCUGCUCAGCACUGCUCAGGGCCAGCCCAGGACAGAAUUGCUCCUGAAUGGGAAGUGAAUUGCUGUCCCUAGGGAGAGGUGGGGAUUCUCUCACUACAGGAGGACUGCUUUUCGGGUUACAAGCAAUACUGCUGCCAUAGCCUAAGCCAUACUCCAGAGUCUAACAUGCACUAUGUCCAGACAGUCAAGACAGCUAUUGGAGAGGUAAAAAGAGUUGCCCCCUGUGGCCAUCUCACUGCUGCAUCUCCUCCCCUCUCUCCCCAGAAUAGCUGGAUUCCAGUAUCUGUCCCACUAAGCAUGGAGGGUCAGAGUCCUAGUGAGCAACCUCUGCCACACGCAAAGCUCUAUGCAAGAAUCCUUGGCAAAGGAGUGACCAUCAUGCUGAGUAAAUAAUGUGACAAUCAUAGGAUUUCCACCCCCUCCAAAAAGUCAUCCAUUUACAGACAAAGUUGCCACCUAGGCACUCUGAAAGACAGACUGCAAUAAGCAAAGGCCUGGGAACAAGCAUUAAAAUUGAAGCCAUGGAAAGGUACGAGCUAAAGGAACGUUGCAGGCAGGGGGUGCAAUUUUAAUGCAAUAAAAUAAAACCUUUAAUGCUGACCACAGCAUUGUGUAAAUAUUGUAACAAAUUAAGAAAUAACAGUUUUAAAAUGGCAUUGGAGUGUGAUUCUUCUUGUACCUGGUGUUGAGCUGCUGCUAUGCUUUUCUAUCUCACAGGUAGAGCAUGCGUAAAAAAAAAUGUACAGUGAUGUGCGGUUGUGUUUCUAGAGGGUAUAUUUUACCUCUGUAUUUGGGAUUGGGAUUUUUUUUGAAAAUACAUUGCUAUGUUAUUCAGAGGAGGUAUAUAGUUAGAGUGUAUUCUAACAUGUUUAUUAAUGCAGAUCAGAGUUAAGGGUUUUAUUAUAUUUAAAGUCACAGUGCUCGAGGUAUGAAAUGCAUUUGCUGUUCUUGUAUGGCUUGAUGUAUUGUUUCUUAGCAAUACAUCAAGUGUUUUUCAGGAAAAAGUAUAUAAAGGUCUGAAUUGCCUCUCUAGAACCUAGGUGAGGUGGCUGCAGCCUUAAACAUAAAGAGUCUAUUUUCCUAGUAUGAGAAUUCCUUCUAUCCUUCUUUUUUUUUUUUUUUCAAAUGGAGUCCCAGGACUAUAAGCUGUGGGGCUGUUGCCAGUUCAGCCCUAAGCCCUGUGAAGUUUCACUCAAGUCCUGUGGCCAGGGUUGAAGUGAUCCGUGGGUCCUGCGCUACCUCUUUGCAAAAGGAUGAGACAUGUACCCUCCACAAGUGUGGACUGUUGUGGAUUCAUUGAAGUCCAUGUGCUGAGAUAUCACCUCAAGACUGCUUUUCUGCUAGAGCAUUUGAAGUAGAGCACAGUGUACCUUUUGCAGCAUAGGUGCCUGAUAGCUGGUGACCAUGGUGGUAGCAGUCACCAAGCUGCAGCCACCACCAAAUGUGAGGACUUCCCAAAGGAAACAGCACCCUCCAACAGCAGGUGACAGUAACAUUGCACAGGAUUGGUGACUUUCUGGAAAGCAGCCCAGAAGAGCCUACAUGAUUGUACCUACAUCCAUCUUGGUUCUGAAGGCUGAUGAGAUGUGUCUGGC